AUGGCGGGGCCGGGGGGCGAGGGGGACCUGCGUCACCUGCUGAAGCUGCACCGCACCGAGAUCGCCAUGGCGGUGGACGACGUCUUCCCUCUCCUGCACGGCUUGGCCGACCACGACGUCGUCCCCGAGCACGUCUUCAAGGAGACGCUGAGCCGGACGGAGCGGGAGGGCUCCCACCGGGCGUUCCAUGCCCUGCUGACAUGGCUGCUGGGACGCGACGCUGCCGCCCUCCGUGACUUCUGGGACGUCCUCUUCAAGGACUACAACCUGGAGCGGUACAGCCGGCUGCGGCCCCUCCGUGGCGCCUUCCCCACAGAGGUGGAGCUGGGGCGGCAGCGCCGAGGCAGGCGUCUCUCCCCCAGCCCCACGGCGCCAGCCCCACACAGACCCCAAAACAAGAGGAAAGCCCCCGAGGAGCGGGAGGGGGCCCGGGUGGCACAGCCCUCCCCGCGGCACGCCGCCAGCCCCGGCCCCAUGGCAAAGGCGAGGGCUGUGAAGAAGCCGGAGGGCAGAGAUGUCCCCCGUGCUCCCCAUGCUGGUGCCCUCCAGGCCAUGGCCACCUCGGUGCAGAGAGCGGUGGCCGUGGCGGGCAGCGAGGUGCCCGUCACCCGUGGGGCGGCGGAGGGCAUCCUCACCAAACACCUGCCGGAGCCGGGCACCUCCCGGACGGGCAGCAAAGCCGGGGACGAGCCGUACCCCCCAGCCCCCUGCGAGGAGACAGGGGCCAGGAGCAGAACCCGCAGCCUGAAGCCCCCCGCCCGGCCUAAGGCAUCCCAAAGCCCUCUCCUCUCCUGCCAGCAGAGUGGGGAGCCCCGAGCGCAGCCCCAGGGCCGGCGGCCGGCGCCCACCAUGCACAGCCAGGACCCUGCGCCCCACCAGGAGAACGAGGACGAGUGUGCGGCGUGUGGCGACGGUGGUGAGCUCAUCUGCUGCGACGGUUGCCCCAGGGCCUUCCACCUCGCCUGCCUGGUGCCCCCGCUGCCCCGCGUCCCCAGCGGGAUGUGGCGGUGCAGCUCCUGUGUGGCGAGUACAACCGAGCUGGGCCGGCUGCGGGAGGGAGAUGCGGCUGUGGAGAGACCCCCUGAGACCCCGGGGGAGGAGACGUGUGGCACCCAGCGCGGCAGAGGUGACAGGAGCGUCUGUGGCCGCUGUUACACCCAGAUCCCUGCACCCCGACUCUGCCCCCUGCCCAGCGGGGACCCCGGGGGACUGCGGCUCUGCAUGACCUGCGCGGGCACCCCGGACACAGGCAGCCUGGAGGGCACCGUAGGGGCCAGUGACCACCCACUACAGCCAGCAAAGGCAGAGGACGGCUCCCUUGGCGGUAGUGACCCGGUGAUGAGCAGGGACGAGCUCGACGUGCUGCUGGGCGAGGGCACCUGGGAUGGGAUCCUGCAGUGGGCAUUCCAGAGCAUGGCACGGCCCCUCACAGACACCCACGGGCUCUUCGCCUAGAGCAGGCUGUGACCCCUACA